GGUUGCUUGGUUAAUCGGAAAUGGUUGUUUAGACUGUAGAGUAUACUAUAAUCUAGAGUGACGUACAUACUUUCUUUAGACAGGAAUGGGAUAAGCACACCAUAAUCAUAAUCAUCUACUUAACUAGGCACAACAAGGAGGACCCUUCCCAGUUCCCAGCCUUAUUCUGGUUAAUUAACUAAACUUCAAAAACAGUCAAUGUUUACCAUGGAAUGUAUUGUCUCUUUAUCGGUUGAGAAUCUCUGUUUUCUCAAUCUCAAAACAGCAACCACCAUAGAUUUCUAUCUCCACCAGAAAUGGUUGCCGUGUUUAACAAAGAUCUCUUGAGUUGGUACCUCAUCACCCUCAAACUCAAAGAAACUGUAGAUGCUGGCAUCCAAGACCAAAAUACAGACAAUAACCCCACCACCACCACCACCCGCUCGCUUCAUCUCCCAUUAGAGCACCACCAGCAACCUCUAAAAAUACAACGACAGUCAUCCGAUUUGCGGCAGCUAUCGAUCAGGGGUUGCAACGCCAAUAAUGUUGAGGAAGAAUAUUCCAUCCCACCGGAGUCCGAGUGGGUCAUUUUGAUCAGGGAGAAGCUGGAACAGGCCCGUCAAGACGAUGCUGCUGGAUCAUGGGCCAAGCUGUGCAUCUAUCGAGUCCCCAAGUCUCUCCGGGAAGGAGACGAUAAAGCCUAUUUUCCCCAGAUAGUAUCACUGGGGCCUUAUCACCAUGGCCGGAGACGCUUCAGGGAGAUGGAACCUCACAAGUGGCGAUCUCUCCACCAUAUCCUCAAGCGUACCAAUCAAGAUGUGAAGCUUUACCUGGAAUCCAUUGAGGAGCUUGAGGAGAAGGCCCGUACCUGUUAUGAUGGGGUGAUCCCUCUCAGCAGCAAUGAAUUCGUUGAGAUGAUGGUGUUGGAUGGGUGUUUCAUGCUUGAGAUCUUCCGAGGCGCCGCCGAGGGGUUCAAGGAACUUGGCUACUCCCGGAAUGAUCCUGUCUUUGCCAUGCGCGGUAUUAUGCAUUCCAUACAGCGUGACAUGAUAAUGCUUGAGAAUCAGAUACCGCUCUUCAUAUUGGAUCGCCUCCUAGGCCUCCAGAUUGGAGUGCCUGAUCAGAAAGGCCUCGUAGCCAAGCUCGCACUCCGAUUCUUUGACCCACUUACGCCCACCGACGAGCCUCUACAGAAGAGCGAUAGGACCAAGUUGGAGUCAUCUCUGGAACUGGGACAUGCAACCACCUUCGAUCCCUUGACCGACCAAGGGGGACUUCAUUGCCUGGACAUUUUCAGGCGGAGUCUCUUGCGUACUGGACCCCAACCUUCGCCCCGGAUGUGGAUCAGGCGUUGGUCAUCACAUGCUGUGCGGGUGGCGGAUAAGCGGCGACAGCAGCUGAUCCACUGUGUCACCGAGCUGAAGGAGGCAGGAGUCAAGUUCAAGAAGCGGAAGACGGAUCGCUUCUGGGACAUAAAAUUCAAGAAUGGGGUGCUUUCGAUUCCCAGGCUCUUGAUCCAUGACGGGACCAAAUCGUUAUUUCUGAACCUCAUCGCAUUCGAGCAAUGCCACCUUGACUGCAGCAAUUACAUUACCUCGUAUGUGAUCUUCAUGGACAACCUUAUAAACUCUCCACAGGAUGUGGGCUACCUCCAUUACUACGGGAUCAUCGAGCAUUGGCUGGGCAGUGAUGCCGAGGUCGCCGAUCUCUUCAAUCGCCUCUGUCAAGAGGUGGUGUUCGACAUAAAUGACAGUUACCUGUCGCGAUUAUCAGAGCAGGUUAACCGCUACUAUGACCACAGGUGGAAUGCUUGGCGCGCCAGCCUGAAGCACAACUACUUCAACAAUCCCUGGGCCAUCAUCUCCUUCAUUGCUGCAGUUGUCUUGUUGUUUCUCACUGGUGCACAGACCUUUUAUGGAAUAUACGCUUAUUACAAGCCAUCCUGAAAUCAGUAAGACCCCA